AUGACGCAACAAUGCUCGUUUUCCUUCCGGAAUGUUGUGAAACUUUACGGAUUAGGCAACAAUGCUUGUUUCGAGGGUUCCGAAGGGAGAAAACAAGGGUCAAGGACCAACCGCAAGUACUCCCACAAGUACUACUCGAGGAGGUUUAUGUUAAAGGUGUUGCACGAGGCGGGCAUCAUUUUCUUUGAUGGGGGUGAGGGAGAUGCCUGCUUAAUACACUCGAGAGUGGCCCAUGAUGUAGAAGUGUGCCCUGAGGCAGAAGGUUUGCUGCAAGGCGUGAUGGACCAAGGUCGGUUCGAUAUUGUUGGCGCAAGCGAGGGGGAGCAACACGCGUACAUGCAAUCGGCUGACAAGAGCCUUAGCAAGCCCAAACCCUUGGUGAUACACUUCACUAGAGAUGCUACCGCGCACAAGCCCCGUGGCUACCAGUCUAUCCCGGGUAAGAAGCCUGUCCCUUUCCCUUACAAGAGUGACAAGGUAGUCCCAUGGAAGUAUGCUCCACAAAAGCCCGAUGGAAAGAAGGACGAGUCCGUCGGAGAUGACAUAUGCUCUGUCAAAGUUACUAACAUCUCUGGCAUGAGUGGCGUGACCCGUAGUGGGCGAAUCUUCGCAGCACCAGACCCGUUGAUACGACCCUUGGACACAAAAGGAAAGGAGAAUGUAGGCAUGGAAAAAGGCGAUAAGGCAAGCCCGAUUCUCGAUGAGGAGAUCCCGACUGAGAGAUUUGCUAACGGAGAGAAAGACUUUGGCAGAAAGAAGAUAUCUGUCGAGGAAGCAAAUGAGUUCCUCUGGAUUAUCCAGCAAAGUGAGUUCAAGGUAAUUGAACAACUCAACAAAACCCUUGCUAGGGUCUCCUUGUUGGAACUACUCAUGAACUCCGAGCCUCAUCGGGAACUGUUGGUAAAAAUCUUGAUCGAGGCCCAUGUCGCCCAAGACAUAUCCGUGGAGGGCUUCGAGGGCAUCAUCAACAAUAUUACCGCCAACAAUUGCCUCACCUUUAUCGAUGAGGAGAUACCCAUCGAGGGUCGGGGACAUAAUAGGGCCUUGCAUGUGUCCAUCAAGUGCUUGGAUCACAUCAUGGUCAAGGUUCUUAUCGACAACGGCUCGUCACUUAAUGUUAUGCCCAAUAGCACAUUGGACAAGCUGCCCUUCAAUGCAUCACAUCUGAGGUCGAGCUCCAUGGUGGGACGGGCUUUUGACGGUAGUCGCGAGGACAUAAGGGGGGAGAUCGAUCUCCCAAUUCAGAUUGGCCCCCACACAUGCCAGAUCACUUUUCAAGUGAUGGAUAUCAACCCGGCCUAUAGCUCCUUUUUAGGCCGACCUUGGAUUCACUCGGUCGGGGUAGUCCCUUCAACACUCCACCAAAGAUUGAAGUUUAUGGUAGAAGGGCAGGAAAUCAUAGUCUCCGGGGAGGAAGACAUCCUUGUGAGUUGUCCCUCUUCUACACCAUAUGUGGAAGCUGUCGAUGAAUCCUUAGAGAUGUCCUUCCAAGCUUUGGAAGUGGUAAGCAAUGCCUAUGUCGAGUCUCCCCCGGUGUAA